AUGGACGUCCAGGAAAACAUCUUCCAGCAGCUGCAGCUACUGCAGCCACCACAGCCAGCACAGCCAGCACAGCCACCACAGCCGCCACAGCCGCCACAGCACGCCCAGCCGCCGCCUGUCCCUGAGCCACACCGGCUUGUUGCAGCGGUCUCCACCAUCAUCCCAGCGCCGUUCAUCGGCCCUGUCCCCGACAUUGCCGCCAUGAUGCACAAGUACCGUCUUCCUGAUGAUGCCCGCCCUCACAUCGACCCCGUGGCGGACCGUCACGAGGUGGGCGAGCUCUCCAGCCACGGGGCCGGAACAUGGACCCCGCUGCGGACCGUUCCAGAGGACUCCUUCAACAUCGUCGAGGGCUGGCAGCGCACGCUGAUCCUGAACCUUGGACUGUGUGCGCAAAUUCGCGAGGACUUCUUCACAAGUGCAGGCCGCUACCUCUACAGCAUCACCCACAUCGUCAGGCGCACCCCCGAUGGCCAUCCCAUGCGUGGAAUGGGGUCUGGCCAGUGCCAGUUCCGUCGCCUGCACCGAACCUCACACAUCAACCGAGGCCUCUACGAGCGCGAGCUGCGCAGCGUUGAUCGUCGCCCCAACUACCACGCCUCUCACCUCUGCCACCGCGGUGUCGACAACCCCCUCAUCUUUGUUUGCCCUCGCACUAACAAGCAGUUUGAGCUGCCAUGCAUCAACCCCGCACACCACGUGCUGGAACCAGGCCACUACAACUCGUCCCGCAUCGGCUGCCCCGGCCCUCUGCUUGGAUGCGAACACAUCCCGCCAUGUCUGAGACAUGCCAACCCACCAGACACGGUAUCAUUUUACCGUGCGUACGAGUUUGACGUGUGA